CACACAGACACACACACACAGACAGUCAGGGCUGCAGGGCUGGGCCGGACUUGGCCUGCUAGCAUUACUCAUCCCAAUCUCCCACCUGUUGGAGCCUCAUUUGGAAGGUCGAGCAUGUAAAGGAUCGACAAGGCUGGUAGAAAAAAGCUGGACAGAGUAUCCACAGGUUGACGGCACUGACUUUAUAAGAACCACGUCUCUUUGAUAAGAAGUGGUGUUCACGUUUCACGUGACAUCUGCUGGUGGAAUCCCUCAAUAUCCGGAGGAACAAAACUCCGCCUGAGCAGACACCAUGGCUCAUUACGACUCGCUGGAUGAGAAGGACUCUGUGGACAUUCAUGACAACCCCCCACUCCCUGAUAACGUGGUGAAAGAGGAGGACAACACGCUCUACUUCAUCUACGAUGAGGAGGUGGAAGAGGAGGAGAAAGAUGAACCUCCUCCAAGGGAACCAGUCAAACCAGUGAACGACAGACCUCACAAGUUCAAAGACCACUACUGCAAGAAACCCAAGUUUUGUGACGUCUGCGCGAGAAUGAUCGUUUUGAACAAUAAGUUUGCAUUGCGAUGUAAAAACUGCAAAACCAGCAUCCACCACCAGUGUCAGUCCUACGUGGAGUUCCAGAAGUGUUUUGGCAAAAUUCCUCCAGGAUUCCGGAGAGCGUACAGUUCUCCUCUGUACAGCAGCCAACAGAACGCCACAGUCUCCCAGCUGCUGUCCUUCUCACAGUCGAACCGCACCGACCCCGUGUUUGAGGCGCUGCGGAUCGGAGUGAUCAUGGCCAACAAGGAGCGGAAGAAAGGCUCCGAGGACAAGAAGAACAUGAUGAUGAUGUUGAUGGAGGAAGAUGAGUCCCAGCCCAAGCAGGAGGAUGAGGGAGGUGAAGGAGCAAACACGGAAGGAGACAAAAGAGGCGACAAAGCUCCUGCAGACGAAAAGAGUAAAAAGCCUCAGCCGGGGAAGAUCGGUGUGUUCAGUCAGUCUCACUAUUAUCUGGCUCUGUAUCGCUUCAAGGCCGUAGAGAAGGAUGACCUGGACGUGCAUGCUGGGGACCGGAUCACUGUGAUAGAUGACUCCAACGAGGAGUGGUGGAGGGGGAAGAUCGGAGAGAGAACCGGCUUCAUUCCUGCCAACUACAUCAUCCGGGUGCGAGCAGGAGAGACGGUCUACAAGGUGACACGCUCCUUUGUCGGCAACAGGGAGAUGGGUCAGAUCACUCUGAAGAAAGACCAGAUUGUGGUAAAGAAGGGCGAGGAGGUGAACGGCUACCUGAAGGUCAGCACGGGACGAAAGCUUGGCUUCUUCCCCGCUAACCUGCUGCAGGAGAUCUGAGGAGGAGCAGCAGGCGUCGAGUCAAACCUCCUGCCAGCUCCUAUAUCUGCUUCAUCACCUCCUGCAGCCAAUAAGCUUGUUUCUGCUCUGAAGCAUCAUUACAGUGACACUUUCUUUCAUCGCAUUCAUCACAUCACGGAGCACAAAUCUUAAAUGCAGGAUACGUUGUGACAAUCUAAUACCUCCUUCAUUUGCAGGGUCAGAUAAUAAUAAUUUAAGUUUUGAAUAAAACGAUCUCUAAUACCAUUUAGCUGCUUUCAGAGAGUCCGCACAUUUGAAGAAGCUUCUUGGAUGAGAGGUGAAACGUCUUCAAGAAACGCAAGCAGGUCCAGUUGCAUACGAACACUUGUACAGCUUCUGAAGAUCUGGAUUUUUGAACAUUUUCCAGUUGCUCAGGACAUU